AGUUUUGUAUUUGUACUGUUUUUACUUUUUAGUGUUUACUUUUACUGUAAGUUAACUUUUUGAAGUUUUACAAAUUGCAGUACUAUAGUGAAAGUGAAUAAUAAUAUAAUUGCUUUAAUUUUAUUAAUUUUCAAAUUUUAUAUUAUAUCAUUGACUAUGGCGCAACAUAUGAACACUGCUGUAGAUGAAGACGCCGCGUUGUUGCAAUUUCCUAAAGAAUUUGAAAACGCUGAAACCUUGCUUAUUUCUGAAGUAAAUAUGUUGUUGAAAUUUCGCAAAAACCAAAAUGAGAGUGCGGAGGAAGAACAAGAAUUUUCCGAAGUGUUUAACAAAACUUUGACUUACACAGAACAGUGUUCAAAAUUCAAAAACAAAGAAACCAUUGUUGCUGUGAGAAACUUACUUGCCGGCAAGAAAUUACAUAAGUUUGAACUGGCGUCAAUCGGUAACUUAUGUCCACAACUCGCCGAUGAAGCGAAAUCACUAAUACCCAGUUUGGAAGGUAGAUUUGAUGAUGAUGAAUUACAACAAAUUCUGGAUGAUAUACAAGCUAAAUUAAGUAUUCAGUAUUAAUUAGAUUUUACCAAUCACUUUAAAUAAAUUGUAUUAAUGUACUUAUGGCAAACAAAUUCUUUUAAUUUUGCAUUUCGUGUAAUUAUUAAAUAAUUGCUGUGAUGAUUAAAAAUAUUUUUAUGUUUCCAAUAAUCUAGAAAUUUGUCUACUUGAAA